GGAGGAGGCUCGGCGGAUAGUGGCGGUGGAGGAAGAGAAGAAGAAGAGGGGAGUUGUGGUUGACCUGGUGCGCGCGCGGAGAGGCGCGCGCGAUGAACGGGGCGGCCCCGCCGCUCUUUGACUGCAAGGAGCGCGCGCUGCUGCUGGGCGACAGUUUUGAGAGGAAGCCGCGCUGUGCCUUCCACACCGUGCGAUAUGACUUCAAACCUGCAUCAAUUGAUACAUCCUGUGAAGGAGACCUUGAAGUUGGUAAAGGUGAACAAGUGACAAUAACUUUGCCAAAUAUUGAGGGUUCAACUGCACCAGUAACAGUUUUCAAGGGCUCCAAGAAGCCAUACCAAAAAGAAUGCAUAUUGAUUAUUAACCACGAUACUGGAGAAUGUCGGCUUGAGAAACUGAGUAGCAACAUCACUGUGAAGAAGACCAGAGGUGAAGGAAGCAGUAAGGUCCAGUCUCGUAUUGAACAGCAGCAACAACUAAUGAGAAAUGCAAAUAAGAUAUCAAACAGUGUUAAAUGUUCUACAUCAAAAGAAAAGAUGUCUCCAACUUCUAUGGAUGAUAUUGAAAGAGAGCUCAAGGCAGAAGCUAAAAUUAUAGAGCAGAUGAGUAGCUCUGAUAGUUCAUCAGAAUCAAAGAGUUCUUCAUCCUCUUCAAGCAGCGAAAAUAGUUCUAGUGAUUCAGAAGAUGAAAAACCAUCCCUUCCCUUGUCAAUGCCACGCCUACAAACACAGCUUCCUGUGUCUGCUGUAUCACAGCAGAACCUCCAUGAUGUGGAUACCGGAUAUAGCAGAAGUAAAGAGAACAGUGGACACCUGAUGAACACAUUGCGGAGUGAUCUUCAGUUAAGUGAAUCUGGAAGCGACAGUGAUGACUGAGAACGUUUUGGGAUUAUAGAGAUGCAUCACCUCCCUUGUUCAAGAUGUGAAGGCAAUUGUUUUGCACUAAGUUUAUACUGACCAAGAUAGAAGAAUGUUACCAACUGGGACAAUAAAGUUGACUUAAUUUUUUCUGCAUCUGUCAUUUGGAAGCAAGUUCAGCAACAUUCCAUUUUCUAUAAGUUAUUUUAACAUAGUUCUGCCAAAUAUCUGAAUUUGGUAUUCAUUCUUUUUAGACAGACUCAGAGUCUAGCCUUCACAACUACCUCCUGUACUUAAAAUUUCAGUCAGCUAAUUACUAUGUAUAGGGUAGACAUAGAGAAAGUUCUUGUUUAUAAUAAACACAUUUUUGAUUAAGGUUUACUUGAGAACCUUUCUGUGUUUGUGUAAGUAGAGAACAAGCUGUUGAGAUCUAUAUUUUUAUUCUUGCAGCUACUUACGUUAAUGAAAUUGCCAAACAAUAUGGCCAUCUAUCUAAUAAUGUGGUGUAAUUGUUCAGCAAUAGCAUUUAUAAAUGAUUACUUUUGUUGCAGUACAGGUUUUAGUCUGUAGUCUAUCAAAUGUGACUUGAUAGGCUUUGGUCUUUUCUAAUACAUUUUGAGCAGCUCAUAGUUGCUUCAUUUUGCUAGCUAAAGUAGGUAGUUAUACAACAUAAGUUCAGAUCAACACAUUCCUUUGGUAAGAUUUCACAAACUUAAUAAAAUAUUUAUCAUUUCAA